GUUCUCAACUAAACGUGUUCAACGGUUCUAGGAUGAAAGAAGAGACAAGACAAGGAAUGGCUCUCAACGGACACUUGGAAAUUAAUAGAAGAGAGGAGAAUGGUGAAAGAGAAAAUGAUUCAAUGCAAGGACGGACAGGAGAAGGAGACGCUGAGCUCAACUUACACAGGCAGCACUGGACAAAGAAGUGAAGAAGAGUGCUGAGAAGGACAAAAGACGAUUCUACGACAACCUGGCCACUGAAGCUGAGAAGGCAGCAGGCGAAAUGGACCUGAGGACACUAUAUCAGAUAACCAAAUCUCUAUCCGGGAAGAGAUCAACACAAGCGAAACCUAUAAAAGACAGCCAAGGGAAACCCAUUACCAAGGAAGAAAAACAGAUUAAACAAUGGGCGGACCACUUCAAAGGACUCUUGAAACGACCAUCACCUGCAACCCGUCCAGAAAUACCAACAACAGCGCGCACACAACUGCAAGUUGACACCAAUCCUCCAACGAGAGCUGAAGUCUUGAAUGCAAUCAAGCUUCUGAAAGCUGGACCAGACGGAAUACCCGCUGAAGCACUGAAAGCGGACACAGAGACUACAGCAGACAUGCUGACUCCAUUAUUGCAAAAGGUCUGGAAGGAGGGAAAGGUGCCUACUGACUGGAGGAAAGGUUAUCUCGUGAAACUACCAAAGAAGGGCGACUUAGGGCUCUGCAAGAACUGGAGAGGAAUCAUGCUGGUGUCGACGCGUUGAUGGUGAAGUAGUUUGGAAAUUACUCGAGUACUACGGCGUACCCCAAAUAUCCAUCAACCUUAUUCAACAGCUAUACGACAACGGCGGCACAUGUCAAGUGAUCCACAACGGAAAACUCAGCCAGGUGUUUGGAGUAAACACAGGUGUCAGACAAGGGUGCUUAUUAUCACCAAUGGUAUUCCUAAUUGUGGUGGACUGGUUGGAUUAUGCGUCAGACAGUGGGA